ACAGUCCCAACUCACUGGAAGUCAGCGGGGGAAAAACAUUGUGCUUAAGCUGAUUCUAGACUCAGAAUGUAGCUCAUUAACAUUUUGUAAAUAUGACACAUCCAAGAACCACAUUUAUUACAAAUCCAAGAAUAAGUGAGGUCAUCUGUUUCAAGCUUGUUAGAAUUUUGCUUUGGGACUUUAUGGGGGAUGUGGCCCCUCUUGUGUGACUUCCUGAGCUGCAGGAGUGAGAAAGCUAAAAUCUAUACCUCUCAGAGCCUGCUGAAGCUAGGGCUGAAGGUUUAGGUUCUGCAGUCAGACGGGAUGCCCAAAAUUUGAAACUUACUUAAGGCAUAGGUUUCCCUUCUUCAGUUUCUGCUGAUUUUGCUGGUAAGCAUGGUUGCGCAGGAAUUAGGAUUCCCUGCUUCACGUGAAGGCCCCCGGUCUAUUCAGUAGCUUUGCAGGGCCCAGUUAUAGUACAGAGCCUAGGAGGUGCAGAAUGGUUCUAGAGCUAACAGCUACACCUUCCAGAUCCCUGGAUUGCACAGUUAAGGUAACUGGUCCCAGAGCAAUAGUUCCAGGGACAGCUUCCAGAUUUCCAGCUUCCCUAAAUGUGGUCAAGUUAGCAGCUCCCUUAGUGGGCCAGAAUCAUUUUGAAAUUAUUUCUAGAGUCCAAUUCUCCGUCUCUUUAAAUGAUUUUAUAAGUAUCUAAUUCCCUGAUUUAAAUUACUUCUGGCUUGAAAUAGAGUGUUUUCUGUUAUCUGUGACUGAAUUCUGAUUGAUAAUAGUGUUUGAGGUAGUAGGUUAGGUAUUUAACCUACUUGGGUUUGAAGGAAGUGAGGAUUGACCUACCAUUAAACGAUGGAACAAUAAUAAUCUGUGGAAGCUAGUGGUGAAAUAGUUAAAUUAUUACCUGUAUUCACCUGGCUUGAGGUGCCUAGAGGAAACAUGACUUUGAUAACUGAGUGAUAAGGUGGCACAGUAUGAAGACAUGAUGAGUAGGGGUGAACUGGCUGCUGCAUACUGCGUUAGAUUAAAAAGAGAAAUGAAAAAUUCAGGGCUUUAAAUUAUCCACUCAGUGUGGUUAGAGAACUAGGAAAUUUUUAGCUUUAAAAAACUCUUCUUUCUUGUGGCUGUUGGUAGCCGGAAACCAGAGUCUGACCCUACGGCUUGUUAAAUUACAACAUGGGUUGAAUUCAAACACUUGCCAGAUUUCUUACGUGAAAAUGCAUAUCUUGGGAAAAAGUAAGAUUCUGGAAUUUGGAGAGGUGAUCCUUGGAAGAAUUUGGAAAAUUCUGUUUACCCCAAAACUAAACCCAUUGACCUUCCAAUGACAGCAAAUGUAGCCCCUUCUAUCCUGUGUUCUAGUCUUUCCUUGCUUUAAAAAGCUGUGGUGACUUUUGUUGAAGUUGUCACCUAACCAGGGGAUACUAAUUUGCCUCAUGUUCCAUUCUACUUAAAGCAGUCCUUCUGGACCUGUAAGUAGAAUCUGAUCCCACAGGGACCCAGUUACAAAGCCACACAUGAAAGGAAAAUACGUUGCACUUCAAAACACUGCAAAAUUUAGCCAAAAGAAGUAAAGAAAUGUGCUGAUUCUCACAAGAUUUAUAGAUCUUACUGUAUACCUCAUUGCACAGAAGCAGCCGGCCUCAUAGAAGAAUGAAAUGGCUUAUUGAAGACAGCAAUUAUGAUGGUAGGUAGAAGUCAGCACCUUGUGAAUUGAGGUCCACAGAGAAUGUGAAAUCUUGUCUCAACCAGUGACCAAUGUAUAUAUGGGUCUGGGAAGAAAGAGGUGCAAUUGGGAAUAUCACUGUUCACGGUAUGCUGAUGACAGUCUUCCCAAACUGUUGCUUCUACCUUCCUAUGACUAGGAAUGCAAAGCCCUCAUUGGCCAGGUCUAAGUUGCAUGUCAACCCUCAGUAUCAAGCAUCGGGUCCACUCGAAUGGUUUGAGAAGUGGGCAGAUGGUAGUUCUCCAAAGGAAUAUCUGAAUAUGAUUGCCAGAGGAAGGGAAGGGAAUUCUGGGUAGCAAAACAACUGUCAUGUCAUCUAGGAAGCCAUUGCCCCAUGUAUCCCUUAUACCAUCAUAAUGACUGAAAAUCUACCACAAGCGAAUAAUUACUGUUGUUUAAAAUUUGCCCUUUUAAAAAUGGCAGGGACUUCCCUGGUGGCACAGCAGUGGUUAAGAAUCUGCCUGCCAAUGCAGGCGACACAGGUUCGGUCCCUGGUCCAGGAAGAUCCCACAUGCCGCAGAGCAACUAAGCCUGCAUGCCACAACUACUGAGACUGCUCUAGAGCCCGCGAGCCACAACUACUGAAGCCCGCGCGCCUAGAGCCCGUGCUCCGCAACAAGAGAAGCCACCACGAUGAGAAGCCUGCACAGCGCAAAGAAAAGUAGCCCCUGCUGGCCGCAGCUAGAGAAAGCCCGCACGCAGCAGCUAAGACCCAACACAGCCAAAGUAAUUAAUUAAUUAAUUAAUUAAUUCUAGAAAAAGACAAAAAAAAAACCAAAUGGCAAACACUUUCUACUUAGUGGAUUAUCCUCAUUGUAAAGAUGAGAGAUUAAGUAAUCUGUCUAGAGUGGUAGAAAUGGGACUUCAUACAAAGCUGUUUGACCACAAAGCCCCUACUCUUAAAGAAAACAAAGUAAGCAAAUUACGCAUAUGCUAUAAAAUUUAAAAGGUGCAGUUAAGGAAUAUAUAGUAAAAAAUAAAUUUCCCUUUCACCCUGCCCCUCAGACACCAGUUUACCUGGAGUGUCUGUUACCAAUUUCUUAUUUAAUCCCCUAUGUAUAUGUACAUACAUAUACAAGCAUACACACACGAAUAUUUAUCCUAAAAACACAAAAAGCACCAUAAGAUUAUUUUAUGCUUUUUAAAAAAUAUAUCCAUCUGACUGUCUUGGCGACAAUUACAUAUUACUAAAGCAGUAUGGCCUUGUUGAUUUUGCUAAUAUCUACACAGUGUUUAUUGUCUAUAUAGAGCUUUAUUUGUGUAACUAGACUUACUUAUACAUCUUUAAGUUCUUUCCAAGCUUUUGCUACUAUUAAAAAAUGCGGCAAUGAAGAUCGUUGUACAGAUAGCUUUUUGUUCAUAUUUAAAUAUAUUUGCAGGAUAUAGUCCUAAAAAGAGACUUUUUGAAUAAAAGGGUAUGUGUGUUUUUAAUUUGUUAGUCACUGCCAAACUGCCUUCCAAAAGGAUGGUUUCAGUUUUUACUCCCAUCAGCAGUAUUUGAAAGCACCUAUUUUCCUGUACUAUCCUGCUCAACUCAGGGUACUAUCAAACGUUUUGAUCUUUAUCAAUCUGAUAAAUGGAAAUGGUUAUUUUUCUUAUAGGUUUAAUUUGCUUUUCUUUUACUAUGGGUGAUUUUGAACAUCUUUUCUUAAGUCUAAAAGUAAUUUGUAUUUCCAGUCAUGUUAAGUGUUCAUAUCCUUUAUCUCCGGGGUUGUUAGUCCUUUCACUUUGAUUUAUGGUAGUUAACUGUAGAUUAAUGAAAUAAGCUUUAUUUUGCUCUGUUACCAAAAUUACCCUCAUUUGUUCACAGUACUGUUACUCUAGGCAGAAUCUUACUUUCACUUCACUUAUGGUUUCUAUUGCUGUAUUUUAAAAUAUGGUAGUCUUUUUGGUGUAAAGAGUGAGAUUGGGAUCCCAUUUUCCUUUCCUUUCUAGAUAAAAAAAACUUCCCAUUCCCGCAACUAUGCAAUGUUGCUUUCUUGAGACGAUAACAGCUUAACAGUUCUGCUGCCUUGUGUCCCUCACAGUCUAGUAAUUUAUCAGUGCCUCUCAAGCUGCCUCCUCAGAGUUGAGCUUUAUUUUCUCUUAUUAUUAAUUUAUUAUUUCUAUUGAGACGUAAAUGUUGAUUUGACAUGUUGUAUAACUUAAACUUCCACGAUGUCACGUGUCAUUUGUAUCCUGCAUAAAGUGUGAAGCUCAGCCAAGAGGCGAAGUCAUUUCCAAUGUCACACAGGCGGCAAGUACAGAAGCUGGGGUUGGAUCAGCUCUACCGUGCUGACUACAGAAAGGGUGAAGACUGGAGGUAGUGCUUGGCCGAAAUCACAGGCCUCAGAGGUGAGCAGGCGGGGAUGGAAGGAGCACGUGAGGACAGAGGGAGCGCUGCCGAUCAGGUGCCUGGGAGCCUGGGCUGGGUCCUCAGAGGGCACACCUCCCCACAGCCACCCCACCCCCGGGCAAUCCCCGUAUAGAGGACAGAGCUGGGGUGGGUCCAGCAGACAAAGUGUGGUGGAUUCCUUCCCUUAAGGCACUGGGAUAGUCAUCUGAAGAGAACAGGUGGGCCGACUGGUCAGAGGGAAUGCAAGUUCCCGCCAUGCCCCUCAGCUAGGCAGCCCCUGGGCCAGCUCCCCGCUGAAAGAACAGGACUUGAUCCAGGUCCACAAGGACGGAGGGAGACGUUUAAGGAAGGCUGGCCCCUGCCUCUGCUCAACAGACUAGCACUCUGACCGCACAGCAGCCCCAUACACAGUCUUCAACACAUGGAUCAGGCUGGGGCCUCUGGCUACAACCCACGGGAGAGGGACAGAACCAGAGGCAGGGGUUAGUCUGAGAUGGCUUGGAGCUCCCAGAAAUCUAUCUUCUGGGUAUUUUCCCCAAGGCUCAGCUGGUCUUGAGCACUCCUGCCAAGGAACGGCUCAGGCAACCAGGAAUCACGUGGAAAACCUUGCUGUUGUUUUGAUGCUGAUGGCUCUCAGGAAGAUGGCAGCUAUUCAAAAGGAUUGUACACACCUCUGAGAUUUUAUGUACCUGACCUUUUAAAAAUAAGCCCUAGAUUUUCUAAAGCCUGCUAUAUCACCUAGCUUGAACUUGGUAAAGUGUGUGAAACUGAUUUAAAAAAAUUGUGUGGGCCUCUGGGUGUAAGCACAUGAAUAGAUUUCUAAGGGAAUCUACUUAAACCUUCUGAAAUCUGUAUUUUUUCAGAUAACUGUAUAUUGUUGUUUCAAGAAAUUGACUAUUAGAUUAUUAAGUAUUAUAUCCAACAGCAAGAUUUUUACCUUGGUUUAAAAUGAAAUAAAUAAGUAGACCAAGUGUCUUAAUAUUGAUUGAAAACAAGAUCUCUUAGAAAAUGUAUGCAGUACUGUGUCUCGGCCUAGUCAUAUAGGUAUACUUUCUAUAGUAAGAAUUCAUAGUACUUUCUGGAUUCUUACCAGAUGCAAUAAAAAAUAAAUUCACUUUGUAAUGCCUUUCUGCCCAAAAUUGAAAAAUAGAAAGUCAAGAAAGUAGUUACUGUUGCUAUUAACAGAAAAUGAUAUUUUUGUUUCAAUUUGGUGAAAUAAUUUAUGCAAUUAAGAAGAAGUGAGGCAUGGUGGAGACAGCAAGGGUUAGGAGUCAGAUACAGCUGGUACCAAUUCUGCCUCUGCCACUAGUGGCUCUGUAUUCAGGGACAGUUACUUAAUAUCUCUGAGCUCCCUUAGUUUUCUCUUUUGUAAAUGGGGAUAAUAAAAACUAUCUUAGAAGAUAGUUGAGAGGGUGAUGGCACAAAACAGUCGCUCAGUAAUGUUACUGUUUAUUAUUAUUAAUGACAUGGAAAGUGAAUUGUCAACCAAGAACAAAAUGUACUUCCUUUGAAUCAGAAAGAAUUAGGUUCCCAAACUAAAGCUGGUUACAGUUACUAAAUGUAAAUUAAACCAUAAUCUCUUUGGAUUAUUGACAUUUCUUUAUAUCUAAUAGGACAGAAACAGUUCGGAAUUUGUAGGUGACUUUAUAACAAAAAAUCAGUGCCUCAUGGGUGGAAAUAUUACUCCCAAAUUUGGAAACAUUAGGUGUCCACAAGCAAGUCUCUCAGCUACUUUCUGCCACAGUGUUAUUCUUUCUAAAAUACUUACGAUGAGGAGCCACUUUCAGGCUAAAAUUAAAAGACAAAAUGGCUUUGUUUUGGAAAAACCGAUUCAUCGAUAUUUUUUUCCCAUUGCUAUAAAAAGUAUUUGAAAAUGAAUCAAAACAAAGCGGUAAAAAAUCUUGGUAUGUAUUUUUUCCUUGGAUAAUGAGGUACUCAUUCAAGUCCUCUUGGAAAAGAUUAUUUUGUGCUCUGGUCAAGGUGGCCUACUUUCUUUUUGUGUUGAAAAGAAAUAAAAAUAGCUUCUGAAGUUAUUUGAAUUAAAAGUUAUUUGUAUUUUCCCAGGGAGAAAAUUAGAAGUUAUUAGAAGUUAGAAGUUUGAAAUUAGAAGUUAUUUGUAUUUUCCCAGGGAGUGUUCACUUUGGGAAGAAAGAAAAUUAUACACCUGAAGAACAUGGUUGGCCAAUUUAUUGUUGUUUGUCUAUGGUAGGCCUAAAAGGAAAUACAUAGAAUUCAAGGGUUUUUUUUUUUCCCUAGGAAAUGCAGUGUCUCAUUUUGUUUUAUGAUAGAAUACUACUCUUUCCCUCAUUUUAGUGUGUUCAAAGGUGAAUUAUUUGAGCUCACAAUCUGAACCAAACCACAUAUAUAUAUAUAUAUAUAUGAAAUGGAGGAAAGAGAGCAUAUCAGAAGUCUUUCCUUACAGGAAGGUUUCAAUAAGUAUGUUUUCCCUCUUCUGAAAGAUUUCUCAAACACAUUUUAAUUCCUCUAAAGUGCUCAUUUUGAGAAAUUGUCUACAAAAAUAAAUUCUUCCCUCUGAAUUUUUUUCAUAUUCAUAUGGUCUUGUUCCUGUGUUCUCUAUGGAAAAAUGAGUAUCUCAGCCACCUGGGAUAUUAUUAUAGUUGAGGACUGUCAUCAAGAGGAAUGUGUAAUUGCAAUUAUCCUUAGCUCCAAAGGAGUUUGCAAUGGACACAUAAAAUAAAUUGAUUUGUACAAAUGGUAGAGCCAAAGAGGAAUCUUUAGAACCAGGUGUUGGCAGAAUUAUUUUAUUCAUUUGUGCUAAGUGCCCUCUCCUGGUCACUGUGAGUAACGUGCAGGAGCUUAUUCUUUUUCUAGAUCUGCUUUGCUAUGAAACAUGGUAUGUGCAACUAUACAUGUACUCCAUGCUGGGCUUCCUAUAUGAGGAAAGAAAUCUGGAGAAAAGUGACUCUCAACCUUACAAGAGUUAGAGUCUUAUUUCCCUCCCUCAUCCUAGUACCUUUGACCAUCAAGUUAUAUUUAAUUAGCCUUGUAUGGGAGGGUAAUACUUUUGUUUGUUGACCAGCAUGCUCUUCUCUUUUCCUCAUGACUUCACCAUCGAUCCAAGGGAAUCCUGCAUAUGACCUGUUUAUACAUGACAAGAGUGAUGUGUGGAACAGGAAGCCAGCCUAGAACUUGAGCAGGACAAAUGUGUCAUCUGUUUUGUCAUGGCUGGUCUUGAGCAAUAGAACCUGUGGUGGCCAUAGAGAGGAAUGGGAAGGGCACCAACCUGCAGGUCAGAAGGUGAUAUUCACACGCAAGUAUACUUCUGUAAAUGCAUAGACUUCCUGGAAGAAUGCACAAGAAACUGGUAACAGAGGUUGCUGCUGCAGUAGGUCCUGAAGUGGGAACCUGGUCUCAGACUACAGCGCUCCCUGCCAACCAGCUGCCAUCUCUCCCCACCCAGUCAGUCUGGUGAUCAACAGCAUCCACGUCAGGAACUGCAGGCUGUGCCUUAGGUUUUGAACUCUUCUUGGAUGGAUAUUUAUAUUUAUCAGGUCUUGAAGUCAAGCCGAGGAAUUUGUACUCUCAAUGGGAUGGUUAAGAGAGAAGAACAUUUGUAAUAGGUGGGAGGGUGACUGUGUUAGAUGCAUCAGAGUCAUUUUGGGUAAUGGGAACUGAGAAAUACUCCAGGAUGAGUUGAUCAGAAUGGCACUCAUGAUGUUCUAAGAUGAUGCUUCAGUGAGAGAAGAGGAUAGGAACCAGAAGAUAGGCAAAGAGAAUGUUUAAAAUGAAGGGAGAUAUGAGGAGAAUGAGGGCAGUGGCUUAGACUCCUCUUUAUGAAGAAGAUGGUGGGUGCACACAGCAUAUACAGAUUGUUUUUAAGACAGAGGACACCUGAGACUCUGAUGGUUGGGGAGAAGAAGCCAGUAGAAUAGAAGAGGUGCUAGAGAGGAGGGACCAACCAAGGAAGCAAAAUACCAGAGAAGAAACAUCCCUCCCCUUGAGACUUGUGGAAAGAAGUAGAAUAAGAGGAAAUUCCCUUAUAAUUUACUGUUUUCAAUUAAAAAGUUGAAAUGCCCUUCAUAAAAUGCACAUGAGAAAAUAAAAUAUGAGACUGUUAUCAGCCAGGAACACUCUAAUUUAAACCAGCUUGAGAAAUCUGUGGGUAAUAAACUAGUGAUUAAGUAUUUAUUAAACUUUUAUUGUUCACAUGCCCUAAGUGUUUGGACUUCUGCCAAUACUCUGAAAAGAAAGACAAAAUUAUUUCAAACUGUUUACAUUAUAUUAAAUAGAAAACUUUGAGUAUUAAUCUGGACUUAACAUCUUGUAACUUUUAGUCAUCUUCAACCAAGCUGGUCGCUAUUAUCUCUUAUAACGAAAAAGGUGUGUGCCCAAUUAAGUGGUUGAAUAUUGACUAAGCACCUACGACUUACAAGUACUAGUGUUCAGUCCUGGUUUAGUGGCUGUCAGAAAAAUGGUGGAGGAACAGGGUGGAGAGCUGUGCCAGGAUGGCCUGGAGAGCCAGAACUGUGAUGAGCUGUCCAGACGCACAGCAAAUAUUUAAAGCCUAGAAUCUCAGGCCCUUGAAACAGGAAGUUUUAUAGCACAGUAUAUACAAAAUAUUUUAUUAUCAGUGGAGUAGUGGAUAUAAUACUGAAGAAACAUCCUCUGUUCGUAGGAAGGGAGAUCAAAAGAAAGAAAUCCUUCUCUUUGGCAAUGUUUUCAUUGUGCCAAAGAUAAAGCAAGGGAGUCCUUUGACGAACUUUUUAUUGGAGUCUGAGUUUAAAUAUGUGGCACAUAAACAAAUAACAAUCUCCUCAGCUUAGACUCCUCAUCAGUUUAAAAUAGACCAAUAAUAUCUUCUUGCCUGAAGACGGUUGGCUGGGCUGGAUGCUAUUUUUAAAGUCCACUUGAGCGCCAAGAUUUCUAUUUCUAUGAUAAAACCAGUCUGAUGCAUAGAAAAUAUAAUGCAUUUAUUGUUCCUUUUCUUUUUUUCUUUUUUUUUUUUUUUGUGCUACGCGGGCCUCUCACUGUUGUGGCCUCUCCCGUUGCGGAGCCUGUGCUCUGGACGCGCAUUGCCAGUGGCCAUGGCUCACGGGCCCAGCCGCUCCGCGUCAUGUGGGAUCUUCCCGGACCAGUGCACGAACCCGUGUCCCCUGCAUCGGCAGGCGGACUCUCAACCACUGCGCCACCAGUGGUUGAUGGGUCGAUUGCGCCCAAUAUUGUUCCUUUUCAAACAAAUCCAUUUUUCUCUUGAACACAGGGACAAUUUACCGUGCUUUUUUGUUUUGGCAAUUUAGGAAGGGUUUCCAUGGUCUCUGUGGCCUCUUGAUCAGUUUUUCUGUGCAUCAGCUUGACCAUAAGAUUAUCUGAGGCCAACAUUGUCACCUCUUUGGAUGUAUGUUUGCUGGCAUGCAUUCCCCCUGGGGGCAGUAAAAAUUGGUUUGGGGGUGAUGUAAUCUUAGAUAAUAUAUUGGUUUGCAGGCCACCAAAGGGCCACGAUACAUAAACAGAUACAAGGUAUAUCUGUGGUAAUUAAAUUUCAUGGUGAUGGUAGGGGGGAGAAUUAGGGGAAAAAAUGUAAAAAUACUCAGAGGGGAAGCAAUAAUAAAAUAAAUGGAGAAACACUGACCCGGGCAAAGAGUCCUGAGGGAGGGUAGGGGUGUAAGAUCUUUUGGGUAGGACUUUAACCCAUCAAAUACAACAGUUUUUUUUUUUUUUUUUAAGUUUUAGAAGCCUAUAUUUAAAGUAUAUCUUCCGCCUUUCUUUCUAAUCGACUACAGGACACAUUUUGCAAUGUUUUAAAUUUAGACAUUUUCAAAUUACUUUCUGUAAAGACCUUUCUUGUGACAAAAGGCAUAUCUUGAAAAACAACUGUCUCUUUUCAGGUCAGACUGUUCUGUGUGGCAGUCUGGAAGAGAGGUCUUGCAGGAGGCAGUAGAAGGAGAGUCGUUGAGCACGUGAAAGACAUACGUUUCAAUCCCAGAUUUGCUUCGGAUGAGCCUUGCAAUUAGGGGCAAGCCGAGUAAAGCCGCGGAGCCCCUGUUUCCUCAUUUGUAAAACAAGUCUGCUAAUGCUUCCUGUUGCAGGGUUCUAAAGGAUUUGAGACAACUGAUGUCAGGUGGCUGGCGCUGGCUGUUUCUGAGUUAGGUGGUAAGGCCAAUAGGUAGCAGAGGCCAAUAACUGGGUAGAAGAGGACAAGAUGCCCAGUGGACCUAUUUUGCCAAAUUCCGCAAACAUCCUAUUGGAGUUCCUGCUGCUGCUGUUAAAAAAAAAAAAACUGUGCCCCUGCACAGUUUAAAUAAAUUCAAAAGGACUAUCAGUAACUUUCAGAGUAAGAUUUGGGCUUUGCAUCAAUGAAGAGACAUCAGGACAAUCAGAGAUACCAUCAAGGAGCAGCACUUUGCCUGCUCCAUAAAAUCACCAUGAUUUAGUCCUUUAAUGAAAAAAGGGGCUUGUGCAGGCACAACAGCUGUGGUUUUAUGAGGGGAAAAUAAACCAGAAUUCCUUGUGGUGGGGCUGUUGCCACAAGGGGUCAGAUCUGGAUUUUUGGUGGAGGCUGGCAUAUCCUACAGUGACAAAAACAUGAUUGGAAGUCAGAUAGCUUGAAAUAACUUGCUUGUUUUAGGGGAGAAUAGCUCAAGCAAUACCAAACCUGACUAGCUCUCUUUAAGUAAGGACUUCAGUGUUUUUGAUCUGAGGUUAAGUUGAGUGUCUGGAGUGGGAACAGAAGAAGGAAUACCAUUAUCUUUAAGCUUGCCCUGGUUGCUGGUUGCCCACUUAGCACAUGUGAGCAGUUUAACUGUCACCAUGAAUAAGGGCUUUUUUUUCCCCCAAGGUUAUAAACAGAGAUGCAUAAAUAUUUUGGAUCCAUCAGCCUCCAAGUAUUCUUCAGAUGUUUUGAGUUCAACAAAACAGAAUACACUGUGCUGAGUACAUUCUCCCUUGCUUUUUGAGGAUCACGUGUGAUUUAUAGGAAAUGGAAUCCAUAUGUUUCUGCUUCAUUUACACUUAACUCAUCAAAAGAUUGUGUUGUAAAGCUGUGUGAUGUCCAAGAUGGCUUUUUGAGCUUGGUGGUUUCUUUUUUUUAAAUAAGCUGCUUAAAAGUUUUUGUUCCUUUAAAAGUUAGAGAGAGAGAGAGAGAGAAGAGAAAGAUACCUAGGAAGGCCUGUUUUGCCAAGAUGAAAUAGAUUUGAACACCAGGAAGUUCAAUUUAAGCUGAAACUACAAACCAAAGAAUUUCAAAUGGGUCCAGAAUUUGGAAGAAAACAAAGGUUCCUCUCCAGUCACUUUCCGAAGCAUCUCCGAUGAAUGCAGAAAAGCAGCUGGCCACUCAGCAACCCCACUAAGGGAAGAGAGGGCUGUGAAUGCACCAUUAGUGACCCAGCUAACACAUGUGCCCACUGCUGGAAGAGCUGUUAUUCUCAGGCCUCCUGAGACCAGUCACUCUAGUCCAGAUAAAGAACUUUUUGCCCUAUUUUAGCAUGGAAAUAUCUGCUCUCCUGGUGUUUUCCCGGGAUUGUCCUGUCCUAGGCCAGCAUUUCCUAUUUGUUCUUCUGCCAUCUGGCCCAAAUAGCUGGCCACUAGACUGAAUACUGUGUGUGCAUUUGGGAUGGUGUUUAUUUAUUGGACUACUUCUUUAGAGAAAUAUCUUGUUUAGCUCACAAUAGAGCCAAGAAAGCAUGCAGUUUGUAUAAAGUAAGAAAUAUGUUAACGAGGGACCCACAAGUUUGUAAGAAGCCAAAUGUAAAACUAAGUUUUCUUUCGCCAUCUCAAUAUUUAGUCACUCUCAUAGCAGCUCUUUAAUCAUUUUAGACAUGCUUUAUCAUCUAUAUAUGGCAUCUUAUGAAAGUUUUCAGGAGAAAAGCACCCAAAUUAGAACUAUUUAAUGUGAUAGUAUAAUUGAGAUAACUAUAAAUCUCUGUAGAGGACUUAUCUGCUCAUCUCUAGAACAAUAUAUAGUGUUCGAUGUGAAACUUCAUUAUCCAGUGAGGUCUUUUAGAUUGUGUGGUCUGAAGUCAUUUCAACAGAAUUAAUAGUCCUGUGAAUUACUUAUACAUACCAAUUCAGUUAUCUGGGGGUGAGGGGCAGGAUUUUGGAAUCUUUUCUUUUUUAUGUGCAGUUUAUUUUUAUAUAUUUAUUUAUUGGCUGCGUUGGGUCUUUGUUGCUGCGUGUGGGCUUUCUCUACUUGCAGCAAGCGGGGGCUACUCUUUGUUGUGGUGCACAGGUUUCUCAUUCUGGUGGCUGGUGGCUUCUCUUGCGGAGCACCGGCUCUAGGCGUGUGGGCUUCAGUAGUAGUGGCACGCAGCCUUCAGUAGUUGCAGCACACGGGCUCUAGACUACAGGCUCAGUAGUUGUGGUGCAUGGCGUUAGUUGCUCCGCUCCACAUUUGGGAUCUUCCCAGACAAGGGAUCGAACCCAUGUCCCCUGCGUUGGCAGGCGUAUUCUUUUUUUUUUUUUAACAUCUUUAUUGGAGUAUAAUUGCUUUACAAUGUUGUGUUAGUUUCUGCUGUAUAACAAAGUGAAUCAGCUAUAUGUAUACAUAUAUCCCCAUAUACCCACCCUCUUGCGUCUCUGCCCACCCUCCGUAUCCUACCCCUCUAGGUGGUCGCAAAUUACCGAGCUGAUCUCCCUGUGCUAUGCAGCUGCUUCCCCCUAGCUAUCUAUUUUACAUUUGGUAGUAUAUAUAUGUAGUGUUAUUCUCUCACUUCAUCCCAGCUUACACUUUCCCCUCCCUGUGUCCUCAAGUCCAUUCUCUACAUCUGUGUCUUUAUUCCUGUCCUGCCCCUAGGUUCAUCAGAACCAUUUUUUUUUUAGAUUCCAUAUAUAUGUGUUAGCAUACGGUAUUUGUUUUUCUCUUUCUGACUUACUUCACUCUAUAUGACAGUCCCUAGGUUGAUCAACUUCACUAAAAAUAACUCAAUUUUGUUUCUUUUUAUGGCUGAGUGAUAUUCCAUUGUAUAUAUGUGCCACAUCUUCUUUAUCCAUUCAUCUGUCAGUGGACACUUGGGUUGCUUCCAUAUCCUGGCCAUUGUAAAUAAAGAUGCAGUGAAUAUUAUGGUACAUGACUCUUUUUGAAUUAUGGUUUUCUCAGGGUAUAUGCCCAGUAGUGGGAUUGCUGGAUCAUAUGGUAAUUCUAUUUUUAGUUUUUUAAGGAACCUCCAUACUGUUCUCCAUAGCGGCUAUAUCAGUUUACAUUCCCACCACCAGUGCAAGAGGGUUCCCUUUUCUCCACACCCUCUCCAGCAUUUAUUGUUUUUAGAUUUUUUGAUGAUAGCCAUUCUGACUGGUGUGAGGUGAUACUGUAUUGUAGUUUGUUGUUUUGUUUGUUUGUUUGUUUGUUUUGCAGUACGCGGGCCUCUCACUGUUGUGGCCUCUCUCUUUGCAGAGCAGAGACUCCGGACGUGCAGGCCAUGGAUCACGGGCCCAGCUGCUCCGCGGCACGUGGGAUCCUCCUGGACCGGGGCACGAACCCAUGUCCCCAGCAUCAGCAGGCGGACCCUUCCCACUGCACCACCAGGGAAGCCCCUGUAUUGUAGUUUUGAUUUGCAUUUCUCUAAUGAUUAGUGAUGUUGAGCAUCCUAUCAUGUGUUUGUUGGCAAUCUGUAUAUCUUCUUUGGAGAAAUGUCUAUUUAGGUCUUCUGCCCAUUUGUGGAUUGCAUUGUUUGUUUUUUUGAUAUUGAGCUGCAUGAGCUACCUGUAUAUUUUGGAUAUUAAUCCUUUGUCAGUUGCUUUGUUUGCAAAUACUUCUCCCAUUCUGAGGGUUGUCUUUUCGUCUAGUUUAUGGUUUCCUUUGCUGUGCAAAAGCUUUGAAGUUUCAUUAGGUCCCAUUUGUUUAUUUUUGUUUUUAUUUCCAUUACUCUAUGAGGUGGGUCAAAAAGGAUCUUGCUAUGAUUUAUGUCAUAGGUGUUCUGCCUAUGUUUUCGUCUAAGAGUUUUAUAGUGUCUGGCCUUACAUUUAGGUCUUUAAUCCAUUUUGAGUUUAUUUUCAUGUACAGUGUUAGGAAGUUUUAGAAUUUCAUUCUUUUACAUGUAGCUGUCCAGUUUUCCCAGCACCAUUUAUUGAAGAGGCUGUCUUUUCUCCAUUGUAUACGCUUGCCUCCUUUAUCAAAGAUAAGGUGACCAUAUGCGCGUGGGUUUAUCUCUGGGCUUUCUAUCCUGUUCCAUUGAUCUAUAUUUCUAUUUUUGUGCCAGUACAUGCUGUCUUGAUUACUGUAGCUUUGCAGCAUAGUCUGAAGUCCAGGAACCUGAUUCCUCCAGCUCCAUUUUUCUUUCUCAAGAUUGCUUUGGCUAUUCAGGGUCUUUUGUGUUUCCAUACAAAUUGUGAAAUUUUUUGUUCUAGUUCUGUGAAAAAGCCAUUGGUCGUUUCACAGGGAUUGCAUUGAAUCUAUAGAUUGCUUUGGGUAGUAUAGUCAUUUUCACAAUGUUGAUUCUUCCAAUCCAAGAACAUGAUAUAUCUCUCUAUCUGUUUGUAUCAUCUUUAAUUUCUUCAACAGUGUCUUAUAGUUUUCUGCAUACAGGUCUUUUGUCUCCUUAGGCUUAUUCCGAGGUAUUUUAUUCUUUUUGUUGUAAUGGUAAAUGGGAAUGUUUCCUUAAUUUCUCUUUCAGAUUAUUCAUCAUUAGUGUAUAGGCCUGCAAGAAAUUUCUGUGCAUUAAUUUAUAUCCUGCUACUAUACCAAAUUCAUUGAUUAGCUUCAGUAGUUUUCUGGUAGCAUCCUUAGGAUUCUCUAUGCAGAGUAUCAUGUCAUCUGCAAACAGUGACAGUUUUACUUCUUCUUUUCCAGUUUGGAUUCCUUUUUUUCUUUUUCUUCUCUGAUUGCUGUGGCUAAAACUUCCAAAACUAUGUUGAAUAAUAGUGGUGAGAGUGUGCAACCUUGUCCUGUUCCUGAUCUUAGAGGAAAUGGUGUCAGUUUUUCACCAUUGAGAAUGAUGUUGGCUGUGGGUUUGUCAUACAUGGCCUUUAUUAUGUUGAGGUAGGUUCCCUCUAUGCCUACUUUCUGGAGAGUCUUUAUCAUAAAUGGGUGUUGAAUUUUGUUGAAUGCUUUUUCUGCAUCUACUUAGAUGAUCUUAUGGAUUUUAUUCUUCUGUUUGCUAAUAUGGUGAAUCACACUGAUUGAUUUGCAUAUAUUGAAGAAUCCUUGCAUUCCUGGGAUAAAUCCCACUUGAUCAUGGUUUAUGAUCCUUUUAAUGUUUUGUUGGAUUCUGUUUGCUGGUAUUUUGUUGAAGAUUUUUGCAUCUAUGUUCAUCAGAGAUAUUGGCCUAUAGUUUUCUUUUUUUGUGACAUCUUUGUGUGGUUUGGUAUCAGGGUGAUGGUGGCCUCGUAGAAUGAGUUUGGGAGUGUUCCUUUAUCUUCAAUUUUUUUGGAAGAGUUUGAGAAGGAUGGGUGUUAGCUCUUCUCUAAAUGUUUGUUAGAAUUUGCCUGUGAAGCCAUCUGGUCCUGGGCUUUUGUUGUUGGAAGAUUUUUAAUCACAGUUUCAAUUUCAGUGCUGUGAUUGGUCUGUUCAUAUUUUCUAUUUCUUCCUGGUUCAGUCUCAGAAAGUUGUGCUUUUCUCAGAAUUUGUCCAUUUCUUCCAGGUUGUCCAUUUUAUUGGCAUAGAGUUGCUUGUAGUAAUCUUUCACGAUCCUUUGUAUUUCUGAAGUGUCAGUUGUUACUUUUCCUUUUUCAUUUCUAAUUCUGUUGAUUUGAGUCUUCCCUCUUUUUUUCUUGAUGAGUCUGGCUAAUGGUUUAUCCAUUUUAUUUAUCUUCUCUAAGAACCAGCUUUUAGUUUUGUUGAUCUUUGCUAUUGUUUCCUUCAUUUCUUCUUCAUUUAUUUGUGAUCUGAUCUUUAUGAUUUCUUUCCUUCUGCUAACUUUAAGGUUUUUUUUCUUCUUUCUCUAAUUGCUUUAGGUGUAGACUUAGGUUGUUUAUUUGAGAUUUUUCUUGUUUCUUGUGGUAGGAUCAUAUUGCUACUAACUUCCCGCUUAGAACAGCUUUUGCUGCAUCCCAUAGGUUUUGGGUCAUCGUGUUUUCAUUGUCGUUUGUUUCUACGUAUAUUUUGAUUUCCUCUCUGAUUUCUGCAGUGAUCUCUUGGUUAUUUAGUUGUGUAUUGUUUAGCUUCCAUGUGUUUGUAUUUUUUACAGUUUUUUUCCUGUAAUUGAUUUCCAAUCUCACAGCAUUGUGGUCAGAAAAGAUAUUUAAUAUGAUUUCAAUUUUCUUAAAUUUACCAAGGUUUUGUGACCCAUGAUAUGGUCUAUCCUGGAGAAUAUUCCAUGAGCACUUGAGAAGAAAGUGUAUUCUGUUGUUUUUAGAUAGAAUAUCCUAUAAAUAUCAAUUAAGUCCAUCUUGUUUAAUGUGUCAUUUAAAGCUUGUGUUUCCUUAUUUAUUUUCAUUUUGAAUGAUCUGUACAUUGGUGAAAGUGGGGUGUUGAAAUCCCCUACUAUGAUUGUGUUAUUGUCGAUUUCCUCUUUUAUGGCUGUUAACAUUUGCCUUAUAUAUUGAAGUGCUCCUAUGUUGGGUGCAUAAAUAUUUACAAUUGUUAUAUCUUCUACUUGGAUUGAUCCCUUGAUCAUUAUAUAGUGUCCUUCUUUGUCUCUUGUAGUAGUCUUUAUUUUAAAGUCUAUUUUGUCUGAUAUGAGAAUUGCUAUUCCAACUUUCUUUUGAUUUCCAUUUGCAUGGAAUAUCUUUUUCCGUCCCCUCACUUUCAGUCUGUAUGUGUCCCUAGGUCUGAAGUGGGUCUCUUGUAGACAGCCUAUAUACAGGUCUUGUUUUUGUAACCAUUCAGCCAUUCUAUGUCUUUUGGCGGGAGCAUUUAAUCCAUUUGCAUUUAAGGUAAUUAUUGAAUGUAUGUUCUUAUUACCAUUUUCUUAAUUGUUUGGGGUUUGUUUUUGUAGGUCUUUUCCUUCUUUUGUGUUUCCCGCCUAGUGAAGUUCCUUUAGCAUUUGUUGUAGAACUGGUUUGGUAGUGCUGAAUUCUCUUAACUUUUGCUUGUCUGUAACGGUUUUAAUUUCUCCAUCGAAUCUGAAUGACAUCCUUGCUGGGUAGAGUAAUCUUGGUUGUAGGUUUUUCCCUCUCAUCACUUUAAAUAUGUCCUGCCACUCCCUUCUGGCUUGCAGUGUUUCUGCUGAAAGAUCAGCUGUUAACCUUAUGGGGAUUCCCUUGUAUGUUAUUUGUUGCUUUUCCCUUGCUGCUUUUAAUGUUUUUCCUUGUAUUUAAUUUUUGAUAGUUUGAUUAAUAUGUGUCUUGGCAUGUUUCUCUUUGGGUUUAUCCUGCAUGGUACUCUCAGCCCUUCCUGGACUUGACUAACUGUUUCCUUUAGGGACGUUUUCGACUAUAAUCUCUCCAAAUAUUUUCUCAGACCCUUUCUUUUUCUCUUCUUCUUCUGGGACCCCUAUAAUUCGAAUGUUGGUGCAUAUAAUGUUGUCACAGAGGUCUCUGAGACUGUUCUCAAUUCUUUUCAUUCUUUUUUCUUUAUUCUGGCAGGCCGAUUCUUAACCACUGUGCCACCAGGGAAGUCCAGGAUUUUGGAAUCUUGAAAUUUAGAGUUGUUUCCCCUAAUUCCUAGCCCUAAAGAACAUUUAAUAAAAUGUUUCUUAAUUUCAUCAUCCAGUGCUAACUGCUGUUAACAUUUUAGUGUAUGUUCUUUCAGCUCAUGCAUGUGGGCAUGUGCUUGCAUACACAGACACACACACGCACAUUUUAAUGAGAUCAUAUUAUUUAUUCUGCUUUGUAGCUUCUCUUUUUCAUUUAGAAAUAUAUUAUGGACUUUUUCCUAUGUUAAUAAACUUUUUUACCUCAUCAGGUUUAAUACAGAACUUUAAAAAUAAUGUUUUUAGGAUUGUACUAUGAUUAGCUUAAUAUCUCAGAGUCUUUUUAUAUGUAGGGUUUUAAAAAAUCUUUAUUUUAGAUACAUUUUUAAAUGUUGACCUUAGUUUUUAAAAAUGUUUUCUAUAUUUUAAGACACAUUAGAAAAUAAACUAAUUAUCUUCUGCAUCUUGCAUUUCAUUAUAUUUUGGACCAAUGCACACUUUGAGAACCAUGGAGAAUAUCCAUCUCCCUCUUUUAGAAGAGGCCAAGCAUUCCUAUAUAGGUGAUACUUUUUAAAGACCCUAGAAAAAAUCAAUAGGACAAUCAGUAAUUUUUUUUCUUCCUUAGGAAAAAAAAAGUGUUUCCACCCCAUUCCAUUGCCAAGAAGAGCCUUGUGACUUAGAUUAAUCUGCCUCCCUUUCUGUGAUGUUUAGUCCACUGGUAAAACUCCCAGAGUCAACUUCAAAGAAAGUUGAGAUCCAUACCUAUUUUGCUGUCUGUUUCUGAGUUUCUUCACCCCUUGUUUCGGAGUUUUCCAAUCUGUUACUAUAGAACUCAGUCCUGUCCCUUUUGUUGACAGGUUGCCAGGAUACAUCCUGGCAACAAAGGCUGGGGUUCCUGUUCCAGGCAGCCAGCCUCACAUACUACAUGAACUCUUGCAAGAGGGGAUGUGAAUCGUGGAGCUCCCAGCUAGUCUGCUCCUGUUUCCACCAGCUCCCUCAUUGAGGGGUUCAGCAGGCCAUGAUAAAAGCCAAAAUAGAAAGAUGAAGAAAAAAUGUUACAAGAUCUUGGAGGCAUCUGAGGUUUCAUGGGGACUUUCCAGCAUUCCAGACUGCUGCCUUGCAAUGAAGCUCUGAGUCACUGUCUUUGGGUCUAAGGUACUGGCUACAAUGUGGAACCCCAGAACAGCCAACCUGACUAACCUUCUCUCUAAGCAGAAGCCCAAAAUAUGUCUGGCCUGAAAUCAGAGCAAGCACUAGAGAAAGACUUCUUUGUUAAUGGAAAGAGGAAAGGAGAAAACGGUUUCCAACACGUUGCAACAGUCUUUCCACCAUUCUAAAGAGCCUACCUUCCUUAUAAACCAAGCUGUUCUAUCUAGUGCAUCCCUUUCUAGCUUUUUGCCAGAAAUUGAGCUUGUCAAUCCUGGUGAAAAAAUAAAGACGGACCCUCAGAAAAAUAGACCUGGAACUGUAAUACUCCUAAAACGGUCCAGUAGGAGGAUUAUGUCGGAAAGUCAGCCCAGGCCCCCUGUGAUCCCAUCCCGCAGGCCCGGGUUCCAGGUGUGCCAUAUCUGUGGCCGAGAAUUUGGGUCCCAAUCGCUUGGCAUUCACGAGCCCCAGUGCUUGGAGAAGUGGCGUACUGAAAACAGCAAGUUGCCCAAGCACCUGAGGAGGCCAGAACCUUCCAAACCACUGCCUCUCAGUGGAAGUGGAUCCUACAAUCUUCAGGCAGCAUUCCAGGGUUCCCAGGCUCAGCUGCUGCCCUGUGAAUCCUGUGGUCGCAAGUUCUUGCCAGAUCGGCUUCUUGUUCAUCAGAGAAGCUGCAGGCCGAAGGGUGAGGGGCCCAGGGCACCAAACCCCAACAGUUCUGAUAAUCUUGCUGCUCUCAAGAAAGCUCCUGGUGGCAUCCCAACCCGACCAAGGGCUCUCAUCUGCUACGUCUGUGGUAAGGAAUUUGGCACUCUGUCCCUUCCUAUACAUCAGCCCAAAUGCCUGGAAAAGUGGAAAAUAGAAAAUGACCGGCUCCCUAGCGAGUUCUGCCAGCCACUACCGCGGAAGCCUCAGCCCCUUCCAACUGGACAGUCCAACCAAGAGGGGCCGAGUCAAGCUCAGCUCGUACCCUGCCCAAAUUGUAGCCGGACCUUUGCCCCUGACAGCUUUCUGGUGCACCAGAGAAGUUGUACAGCUCAACCUAGCGGCCCAAAAGUUCAAGAUUUGACAUUAUGGAGUAAAGGUGGCCUCAAAGAGUCCACUAAUUCCAAGCAGCAAAGGAGCAUGGCAGUACCCACUGUGACUGAUAAGCCAACAAUGAUAAGGCAUCCACCAACAGUUGUUUGCUACAUUUGUGGUCGUGAAUAUGGAACAAAAUCAAUUGUCAUCCAUGAGCCACAAUGUCUGAAAAAAUGGCAUAAUGAAAACAACUUGUUGCCUAAAGAGCUAAGGAGACCAGAACCGAAAAAGCCAGAAGUCGGGACCAUUACUGGGGUCCUGUGUCAUCUGCCGGCCUCCAUGAAACUGUGGCAAGCUAAAUUGUUGCUCACCAGUGCUCAUCAAAUCUUCCCCUUACUUCAGAGAAACACUUGCUUCUGACAUGAGCAGUGGAACAGCCAACUAACCUUCACAACAUUCAAGUGCAAUCAUCUUUGUUUUGAGCACAUAGGACAAGAAAGGUGGACAACGAUAUUCCCUGGAUCUGAACAGUUUAGUGAGAAGAGCUGUUGUUUUAGAGUGACAUAUGCUACAUUAUACCAGUCUUCAAGGUUGAAUCUCAAGUGACUAAGACCCAUGUGUCCUUUAAUAAAUUUAGCAUUGUGGUGUUUGUGAUAUACAGAGCUUACUAAAGCAUAGCUGCUGGGUCACAGGCUCUUGCCUGGGCCAAGGAUGGUUCCACCAUAGAGACUAUAAUUUAACAAGAGAAAGAGACAUAUAACUCAUGAAUUAUAGCAGAGACUAAAUGAAGGAGUGCUGUGAUAGAAGAAUAACAAUACUCAAAUUUUAUUGGCUCCCUAUGUCCCACUCUUACAAGUGCUUUAUGUAUGUUAUUUCAUUUGAACCUCACAGAAUAAUAAGUGAAGAUUGCAAAAUACAGAAGUGAGGCACAGAAACAUUAGGUAGCUUACCCUCUUAUGUGAAUGCCAGUCAGAGGUCAUGUUUUUAAGUAGACGUUUGCUGGAUAUAGUAGUUUGCCAAAUUUUAUUUUAAACUUUUAAAUAGAUGUUCACUGAAAGACAUAUUUUUUCUUUAUCAUUAUGCUCUUGUCAGGUUUUGCAUUUUCAAGGAAAAAAUUCAGCUCUGCGUGUGCGUGUGUACUUGUGUGUGUUUUCCUAGAAAUAGGGUCUUUGGUUUUUAUCAGCUAAGUCUAAAACGUAUAUGGAAAUGGCAAAGGCCAAAAAUAGUCAUCAAAAUCUUAUAGAAGAGCAAAGUUGGAAGAUUUACACUAUUGGAUAUCAAGAUGUAUCAUAAAUCAACAGUUAUUAAAAUAAUAUGGUACUCAGAAAAGGAGAAACAAAUCAAGGGAACGUUGCAGAGAAUUCAGAAACAGGCCUAUACCCAAAAGGAAUUUUGAUUUAUGAUAAAAAUGAACCUGCUUAGGGUAGAGGAAGGGCAGCCAUUUCAAUAAUGAUGAUGGGUCAUUGGAUAUCUGUAUAUGAAAAUAAAUGAAAUUUGAUUCUCAUCUCAUAUCAUAUCCAAACAUCAAUUCCAGGUGGAUUGUAGUUCUAAAUGUGAAAGUGCUUCUAGAAGAUAGCAUGGGAACAUAUCUUUCUGACCUCGAGGGAUGAAAAGAUAUUUUUAAAACAGAACAUCAAAGCACUAAUCAUAAAGAAAAAGACUUACAAAUUAGACUACAUCAAAAUUAAGUUCUGUUUAUCAAAAGACAUCAUUAACAGAGAGAAAAGUUAAGCCAGAAUGUGGCAGAAGACAUUUUCAAUAAAUAUAUCUUGCAAGGUUGCAUAUCCAGAAUAUAUAAAGAACUCUUACAAAUCAGUAAGAAAACAACAGAUGACACAAUAGAAAAAUGGGCAAGAAAUUUGAGCAGACACUUCAGAAGAGAGAUUAUCCAAAUGGCCAGCAGACAUGAACAUGUGCUAAACCUUAUUAGUCAUGAGGGAAAUGCAAGUCAAAACCUUAAUGAGAUAUAACAACACAUUCACCAAAGUGGCAAAACUUUUGUAAAUGAUCACAAUACCAAGUGUUGAUAUGGAUUUUUUUUUUUUUUUUUUUUUGGCGGUACGUGGGCCUCUCACUGUUGUGACCUCUCCCAUUGCGGAGCACAGGCUCCGGACAUGCAGGCCCGGUGGCCACGGCCCACGGGUCCAGCCGCUCCACGGCACGCGGGACCGUCCCAGACCGGGGCACGAACCAGCACCCCCCACAUCGGCAGGCGGACCCCCAACCACUGCGCCACCAGGGAAGCCCCCCGAUAUGGAUUUUGACCUCUUGUACUUUGGUGGUGCAAAUGUAAAUUGAUACAACCACUUUGGAAAAUUUAUUUGCAAUAUAUAUUACACCUGAAAAAUUCUUAUUCAAUGAUCUAGGAAUCUAACUCCUAUACCCAGGAGAAAUGCGUAUAUGUGUGCAUCAAAACAAUGGACAAAAUGUUCAUAGCAGUAUUAUUUGUAAUAGGCCCAAAUUGUUCAUCAAUGGUAAUGUGGAUAGAUAGAUUGUGGUAUCGUUAUACAAUGAAUGAUGUUCCACAAUGAAAUGAAUGAACUACAACUCUAUGCAACAGCCUGGGUGAAUUUCAUCGAUAUUAUAUUGCAUGAAAGAAGUCAAACCAAAAAGCACAUUCUACUUUAUAAAGUUAAAAAAAAUGCAAACUAAUCUAUGGUGCAGAUGUUAGGAUUGUGGCUACGUUUGGGGUGGAAGAGGAAUAAUGACCCAAAGCGGGCAUGAGGUGAGUCUCCGGGAUGCUGAUAUGUUACACUUCUGGGCCUAAGGAGGCCCCUGUGUAGAAAUCUAUCAAACUGUACAGUUACGAUUUAUUACUUUUCAGUAAACAAUACCAUGAAUAAAAAUGUGUUAAUGCUGUGAAGGAAAUAAACAGUGAUGGAAUAGAGAAUAUCUAGAGAAGGGAGGUCAGGGAAAGGCUUUCUGAGGAGGUGACAUGAGUUAAGUCCUAGAAGAUAAGAAAGAGGCACACGGCUGGGGGAAACCCUAUGCCCUCUGCAAAGGUGAGUGAGUUUCACUUUCGCAUGGAUGGGGUAGUUGUGUGCUGAAUUCAUUAGUGUGUUUGUCAUCUAUUGAAGAGCAAGGCCCUAUGACACAAAAUAGAUGCAUUUUGAUGGACUGCAGAACUAGGGAAGAUUCAGAAAUAGGAGAUGCUGCUCAAGGGAUGUACAUGUGUAGCGAAGACAUAGCUGAGAAGAGAGAGCCCUGAGGUAUAGUGUGAGGGCACUGAUUCAGUGAGAGGAAGGAAAGACGGGAGAGAUGAUAAAGAAAGAAAGGAGAAGGUGGAACUUAGUCUUAGCCUCCUUCACUACUUCACCUAUCCUGAUCUCAGACAUCAAGUGGUAGAAUCAGGGCCAAAAAAUUAAGGAAAAAAUGACGAGGAAAGAAGAAAGCACCUAAGGUUAGCGUGUGUGCAGACCUGUUUAUGAGUGCACAUCAGCAAACGCACAUGAAGAAACUGAGCAGACAGGACAUACAUAAGCAGAGGGUUUAGGAAGGUGAGAGGGAAAGGAGGGGCUCCACUAAUACAGAUAAUGUGAAAAUAGAUACAGAGGUUUGUUUGACAUCAUUUGGGAAAAAAAUUAACUGUUUUAUAGACACUUCUCACCUUUUAAUAAAAUUAUUUCAUGCACAAAACUUAAGAACUGAUGGGCCAAAAGGGAAACGCAAAGAAAAAAAAGCCUUCAGAAUGCCUGCCUGUGUACGAUCUUUGAUAUAAUGAAGGACUGAAUUAGAAUCACAUUCAGGAACAAUGACAAUGCUAAAAGAAAAAGAAAAAAAUUCAUUCUGUACUGGGCUUCACUAACAUUUUUGCAUCAUUUAGAAAGCACCUGAUAUGUUAUUCCUAUGCAUAAAUAGAUUUUACAUACAAGUCUUGAGGAUAGGUAUAUUCAUGGCUUAGGCUAAAAAGUACAGACUAAAGAAAGUAGAGUCUGAACUUCCAAGCAUCAUAAUAACACAAAGACACAUUCACACGCAGCUAAGUCUGGCUGGUAUUUGAGAGAAUGCCAGUGUAAUUAAUCAGUUCUCUCCAAUGUUUACUUCAGCUAUCUGUUGUGCACAAAACAGCUCAAAUUAGUUUUGGUAGUAGAAAUGGUCUGAAAUCCAAAGACAGUUCACAUUACUGUUCUAAAAUUAUAACAGUGCAACACUGUAAAUUUUACUUUUCCAGGUGUGAACCAGAUGCUAUAAGAUUAUUGUAAGUUACAUUUUCUUCUGCAAAGGCUUUCUUUUCAACAUAUUCUCAAACAUUACAUAGUGAUGAUUCACACUUAUGUUGAACACAUUCCAAAUUGUGUAUGUAGGAAGUACUUCUAACAAAAAUCAAACAAAGGCUUUUGAAGGUUUCUUUAAUUGGUGUUUUAUUGGGUGUCAUUUUUUUUUUAGCAUUUCAGGAGAACAAACUAAAAACAAAACAUAGUGCUAGGAUAUUAAAAUUAUUAACAAGUAUUAACUUAGAGUUUGUAAAGAGUUAAAAAAAGUAAUAAGGCAUAUUUUUAUUUAUAGAACCCUUAUUACAUGAAGUAAUAUUCAGCUCAUUGCAAUAAGAGAUGGGAUAAACAGGUAUGAAAUAGUUAGGAAAAGAAAUCUGAUAUCGUAAAAUAUACAAAUGACAAACCCCAGUGUCUUUAGUAAACUUGUAUAUAGACCAAACAUAACAAAGAGAUUAAUAAAUACAUAAUAUACAUUUUUAUGGUCAGGCUGAACAGAAAUAAAUUUAAUUUUAUUACCCAAUGGAUAAAACUAAGGAAAUAUUUGGACUUCUUUCCCCAAAUUUCCCACUAGGACUAUGUUCUAAAAAUAAGUAUUAUAAAAAUACAGUAUACCUUUAUCAUAUAGAAAACAUAGAGCUGUGAGUGAGGCGGUGACAGAUAUUGUCAUGUCACAACAGGGGGACUAGUGUAAGUCCUAAAUGAGGGAAAGCCCUUGAGGCGCAUUAGUACGUCCUGCCGUGACCGAAACUCCGUUAUGGGAAGAGUAAUGGGGAUUUUUCUAGGCUACUUGAGAUGUGACAGUACUGUAGCAGAAUCCUCCCUUUGACUGUACUUACUAGUUUCCAAUGACUACAGCAGAGAAAUUUCACCCUGUGGCUUUUCCUAUUCUAGGAAAACCAGGUAUCUUAGCAGAAUAGCCCUGGCUCUGAGCUAAUUUCUUCCAUGCCAGUGAUGUAUUUGCCAGACAUAUGUUGGGGAGAAGCUUCUGUAUGCUGUCUACCAUGCAGAUAUCACGAUCUCAUUAGACAAGAUCUCCAGGUUCACACCCAUGACGACCCCCUCAAGAUAAACACCGCCCCACCUCACCCCCUCCCUUUUACCAUUUCCCCAUUUCUGCUUCCUCUCUACCUGGCGCUCUUUCUCAGACCCUCAUUUCCACCUAUCACUCUCUGUUACUCUUUUCUCAUCUCUCCUCCUCCUUCCCAACUUAUUUUCUCCCUCUUUUUGUCUACUUUUUCCUCUGUUUUCUUCAUUUCCCCCAUUUUUCCCCAUUUAUUCCUCCAUCUUCCCCUGGUCCUCUCCCCUGACCCUUGUUUUAUCCUAGCUUCCCUUCUUUCUAUUUCCCCUGUCUCUCCCAUCUACUUGGGGUAUUCUUUUGGGAUUUGGAGGGAUGAAUUCUCUGGGGAAGGGUACUUCUCUGAGCAUAUUCUCCACAGAGCCUAUUUCAGCAGCUCUGCUCGGUGUCACAUCAUUUGCCCCACUACACAUCUCACGCUUGGCCCAACCUGACCCUUUGUAACCCAAACACAUUAUUCCCUUUGGGAAGGUAGAGUGAUUAGAGAGGUAAACACCUUAUAGGAAAUCAAAAUCCUACUGAUUUAUUGCCAUCAGCAGCACAUUUAGGCCAGAUUGUCAAGGGCCCUCCCUCUUCAGGGUCCCCUGUUUUUCAGGCUUCUGAUUGAUUUAUGCUUAAAACCCAUAAAUUGUUUUCUGCAAAAUAAGAGAUAAAAAGACAAUUUUAUCUCAUUAAAAUGGAAACUGUUCCUUUGAAAAUCUGGCCAGAAAUGUUGGUGGAAUUGCUCUAUUCAUCAAGGCUCAAAAGACCAAGAGACUGAUCAUCCUUAGGAGAAAACAACACCGGUGCUGUGGCUACAGUCUAACGAUUUAGAUAGAUGUCAGAGCCAGCAACUGAUGUCCCUGUGAUGGGUUACCAGGGCUUGCGUAUAGGAAUGAAGUGGUUCAGGUAAACUAAGCCUAAAGUAUGCAAAUAUAUCAUCUUCUCACUACUCUUCUCAUGUAUGUAGGAAAUAGUUCACAGUCAGACUCAGGAAAGAAGGCCCCUUGAGCUCUGGUGGUAGGUGCUCUGCUCAUAAAGUGAGGGACAACAUGGCCCCAGGCAUCCACAGAUCACCCCUCCACAACAAUGUUAACAGCUGUCUGAUGAUGAAAACUGAGCUACUGGUUUAUGUACCUACUUUUUCCAUCUUUCAAAAUAACUGUUUGAUGCUGACACUAUGAAUUCUUAUGAUAAAAAUAGGAAUUAAAAAUAGUGCUUCUCUGUGUUAUUCUUGAAAGAAUUUCAGAUGAAGCCAAAUUCUCUCAUGCUGCUCAAAUCAGACAAGAAGUUAUUGCCUUUAUGUUUCCUUACUGAAUCCUAUUAGCUGUUUCAUGAUUCACUAUUUGGUAUGUGAUCAUGGCCUUCUUUUCUAUGAUUAUCCCAAAUUAAAGUUUACAUUGUCUGCUUUUUUUUCAGAUUUUCUUAUUGGAUGAAAGAAAACAUACUUAGCAUUCAGUGGGAAUUAUGGUAAUGAAAAUGACCCUAGCCAGCCAUCCUGGCAUUAAAACUAUGUGGCUUGCUAAUUAUAAAAGGAAAAAAAAAGCCAUUAUGUCAGAUUAAGACCUUCAUCUCUUAAUGGGCAGCAAGCUCAGAGUUUCUUUGUCUGAAGGAUAUUUUCACAUAAAUUGUUCCCUUUGUAUCUGAGUCCAAGGAUUCUGCUUUUGUUACUUGAAAAAUUCAAUAGAAAUGUCUAGCAAUACAAGAAAUAUUUUUA